AAAGUGUGAUUUAUUUAUGGAAACUACAGGAAGGUCAAGUGGGGUCAUCAUUUAUGGACAAAGAAGAAGAAAUAGAAAACAAAGAAAAUUGGACUGUGCAUAAAAUGUUGCGGGGACAUUUGGAAGAUGUGUAUGAUCUUUGUUGGUCCAAAGAUUGUAACCAGCUGAUAUCGGGUUCUGUUGACAACAGUGCAAUAGUGUGGGAUGUGGUCAAAGGUGAAAAAUUGCAUUUAUUAAAAGACCACAAGAAUUACGUUCAGGGUGUUGCCUUUGAUCCCCAAAACCAGUUUGUUGCUACAUUUAGUUGCGAUAG